AUGAAGUCUAUUGCAAUUCCUUAUUUUCAUAAUGUGGCGGGGUUAGAGAAGAUCCAGAGAAGACUGACUGAAAUGAUCCUGGAGAUGGAAGAGCUGCCUAACAGAGAGAGACUAAAAAGGCUGGGUUCUUCAGCCUGGGGAGCGGAACAUGUGCUUGUUGUUGCUCAAAUUGCACAAUACAGAAGCGAAAGAAAGGGCAGCCGGUCCCUAAUGAAAGUCUUUCUAGUUUGUCUGUUGGCCUGUGUUAUCACCACCGCGAUAGGAGUGCUGGCCCUGUCCUUGGUCUACGUAAAGAACCCUGCCUUUAUGGAAAAGACGGGUGCUAAAGAUGAUGGCGCAUCUUCCCCAAAACCGGACGAAAAAAGUGUGGAUAUCAAAUUCCAGUUCCUGAAUCAUCUGGGGAAAUCAAAGGUACAUAACUACCCAGGUGGUGAAAUUCAGUGGGCAAGAUUCAGGAAGGAUGUAAAUGAAUAUCAAAGUGAGGAAGAAAUGGAAUUUGGAAAAAGUAUCAAUAACCAUCGCUCCAAAAUGACCUUUGGGACCUUACGGAUCAAAAGCAAAGGGCUUCGGGCUCCCCAUUGGCAUUUUAAUGCCAAUGAACACGGCUACCUGCUACAGGGUACUGCCUGGAUUGGAGUAAUUGGUGCAGAUGACAGCGUGGUUACCACAUACAAUGUCACGGCUGGUCAAGUGAUCUUCUUCCCUAGAAACACUGUGCAUUGGAUAAAGAGUGUAGGCUCAGAAGACUGCCUGUUCUUGCUGUUCUUUACAACUCAUGAAGAACUUCAGACCUUGGAUGUAGAUGACGCAUUUUUCUCUACCCCAGAGGAUAUAGCGGCGAGAGCUUUAAAGCCACGAGGUGGAGUUAACUUCAUCAGAACAUUCAAGAAACAAGCAGAAGAUCAAGCAGUUAACCUCCCACCAAACUUAGAUGAGCUUGUACAAAAUGCCACCUAUGUGCAGUCUCCGGACAGCCUUGUGUGGCAGUACUUCUACAAUCUCAAAGGGUCAGCAGAAUAUCCUUUCCCAGGAGGAAUCUUCCAGUGGGCUCGCUACCGCAUAAAUGGCACUGGACUAAAUGAAACGGAAAAAAUUUUUAGUGAGUCGCUGCACAAGCACGAGAAUACCCUUACCUUAGCAACUCUCAGGAUACUCAGCAACGGACUGGGGCAGCCUCAUUUCCACUUCAAUGCUAAUGAGAUGGGUUAUGUCAUUAGCGGCUGUGGACAGGUUGGAGUUAUUCUCUCCUCUGGAGUCACCGCCAACUUCAACAUUGGCAUUGAAGAUGUCAUAUUUUUCCCUGUUGGAACCCAGCAUUAUAUCAAGAGCGUAUGUGAUGAAGAUUUGUUUUUGAUUCUAGCCUACAGUACAGGAAAUCAGCUGGAAACUCUUCGUAUGAAUGACUACUUCCAUGGAACAGCAGAUCAUAUCCUUGCUCAGCUUUUUUUCAAGAACCAGGCUGAGUUUAAGAAGUUUCCAAAGGCUGCCAAAAAAUUAGGAAAAUAA